CCAGGAUCCGGCGGGAAAUUUCCCUGCAGCCUGCCCAUUGAAGCUGUGACGACACUGCAGCCAACAACCGCAUAUUAACGACAAAGUACUUCGUACUUGUUCCUUGCCGCUUGUCAUCAACCUCAUCCCACACCCGGCCGGCAAUCCAGAUUCUCGACGCACACAUCUUCGCCCUAACUGAAACAAAAACCUACAAUCCUCCAUUCAAACCUCCAAUCACCGCACCCUGCUCACCGUCGUCUCGCCAACCAUGCCCAUCUCGCAAUCGCCCUACCUGCCCGCCGCGGUGGGCGGCUUCGGCCUCAUGGCGGUCGGCCUGGGCAUCAACGCGCUGUUCAACCCGCGCGCGGCGAUCGCGCUGUUCCAGUUCCCGCACCCGGGCGCGCGGGCCAGCACGCGCGCCAUCGAAGUGACGCCCGAGGGCCACCUGGUCGAGAGCGUCAUGAUGCUUGAGGGCGCGCGCACCGUCGCGCUGGGCACCGCGCUCGUCUCCACCGCGUACUUUGGCAGCCGCGCCGCCUUGACCGUCAUGGUGUGCACCAGCACGCUCGUCGCCGUGGCCGACGGCUUCAUCAGCCGCAGGCAGAUCGGCGGCGGGGAGUGGGCGCACUGGGGGUUCGUGCCCGUCGGGGUCGUCAUCGCGGGGCUGUUGAGUGGCCUAGCGGAUUAG